GGUGCAUAGCACUGCAUACGGGAUUCUUGAUCUUCCUGUUUCGUAUUCCCUUUUUCUGUUGGCAGUAUGGUUGCUGAUGCACCGUGAUGCACCAAAAUUUGAUAAUCUUUGUACGAGGCGGCGUAUGGCGGCUGAUGUGUUUGUUGGGGCCAUUUCUUGUUAAUUACCAAUUUAGUGAAUUUACAAUAUUUAUAGCCGUAUGCGCAGAAGUUUGUUUGUAAUGAUGGUAAUUUUUUGACAUCUUUGAAUUUCGCAGAGAUCAAAGUUGCAAGUUAUACGGAUACCCUGACCCAUCCAUGAUCGGUGGUGAUUUCGAAUCCUGCGAUCUGUGCUUUCGCUGUUGAUUAUUGCGGGUGGGGUUAAUUAGAUUGUAAGCAAAAGGAUUUUUAUUCUUGGACUUGCGUCGUAUCUUAAUCAACUAGAGAAGCUACUGUAUCUGGAAUAAAUCAUGGCAUCGCGAAAUCUCACUGACAUCUUUCAUUUAAUGCGUAAUAAUGCUAUCCAGCGACUACACAUGUUCUCCGAUCAGAUGAACAAUCGCAAUGGCCAGGAAGAAGACAAGGUUUCCCUUGUACCCCGCAGAGCCAGGAAAGGAUUCGAAAUCGACUUGGAAAAGGGGGAAAUAGAGCUGGACGAAACUGUGACAUAUUCGCGCGCUGUUGCUCCUCCUGACUGGGUUAAUACGAUUCCUGAGUUCCGGGAGCAAAUUGAUCUUCUGCGCCAAGAAAUUAAGGAACUGAAUCUUUGUCAUGACAAACAUCUGACACGGCCGGCUCUGUUGUUUGAUGAUAAUGAGAAAUCCCAAGAGGAGGAGCGUAUAAUUGAGCAGCUGUCCGAGGAUCUGACACGGAAACUUCACCAGCUCCAGCGUCAAGCCGAAACAUACCGCAAACGCUCGCAGUCCUUUUCCUCCAAACAGGAAGAGCGUUUACUGAAAAACAUUAUCCUGUCUAUCGUAUCCGAGCUGCAAGAAGUAACCACGGAAUUCCGCCAAAGCCAAUCCGCUUAUUUGGCGCGCAUGCGGCAACGGGAACAACAGUCAGAACAGUAUUUCGGCAGUCGACUGACAAAAUCUAGUCCAACGGGAUUAUUCUCAGAUCGCUAUGGAAUAGAGGAUCAUGAUGAUGCGGAAGAUGUGACUGUUUUUCAGCGUGGGAAUACGGGACUUACGAGCCAGCUACAAAUUCAUGAAGAAAAUGUCGAGAUGGCCCGUCAUCGUGAACGACAAAUUACCGAAGUAGUCAAGUCCAUAACUGAACUCAACGAAAUUUUUAAUGAUCUGUCCAUGAUGGUUGUAGAACAGGGAACUGUUGUUGAUCGGAUCGAUUAUAACGUUGAUCGUGCGGCUGGACAAACCGCAGUUGGCUUGCAGCAGCUGCAGAAAGCCGAAAAUUACCAAAGAAAAAACCGCAAGUUCAUUUGUAUAGUAUUUUUAGCUGUUGUAAUUGUGUUUUUAAUGAUUAUUUUGAUUGUCGUUAAGUCUUGAAUGCUGUGCGUGGUUACAGUGUCAGAAAUGUGGGCUUUCGUUUUGUAAUUUUAUUAUUGUUUGUUAAACACUUGCCAGAAUCAACGGUUCCUUUAAUUUGCCUGGUGAGAUUGUCGAAUGUCGAUACUUUGUGCGGUUGAAUGGAAUCUCCGGAUGUUGUUGUAGUUUAGUAACUUAUUUAAAAUUAUAAAACUUCGCAAAUUCGAUUAAAUUCAAAUAUUUAUACUUUUUGCCGAAACGAUUGCUUAAUCGUCUUUG